AUGAAACCGAAGAAGAUCAAAAAGGUUGUCGCAGCGGUCGAUGAUAUGGAGCCGAUCGUGGAAGAUGCCAUGUCUACGCUACCACAGAGCUUGCAGAGUACCAUUGUUCAGGUCAAUGUGCCCGGCAAUACAUAUCAAGUGCACCAAGACGUCUUGAUCCGCCGAUCGGGCUACUUCAAGGGGAGAUUGAACCCGGGUUUCCUCAAACCAGGUACACCGGUUGAGCUGUACUGGAGGCCCGAGUUCCCUUUCAGCGACGGCUUCGGGUCGGUUAUGGAAUUCAUGUAUGUGGGCGAAUUCCGGAGAAGAGGAGGCCAGACAAGACAGAGCGAGGCCAAACGCGCCGCAUAUGUCUACGUUCUCGCGGACUACCUCCAGAUGAAGGAGCUACGGGACCAAGCUCUGGCGCGCUUUGGGGAGGAACUUCUGGGUGCACCCGCGCAGUACGAUACUUGGGGCCUUCGAGUGGAGCCGAGCACGUCACGAGUCGCCCUGCGUCCAUCAGUCGUCGUGGAGCUCAAGCGACUCCUGUACGAGAACGCUUUCGACACUGAUGAAGCCACAGAUCUCGAGGUCAGCUCUAUGCAUGCACCGAGCAACGAGACUUCAGAAACCAAGAAACUUGACAAGGACCCGGAGCCGCAAGAGACCGACAGUCAAGAUAUUGUGUCGACAGCAGACGUCCCAACAAGCGCCGUGUAUGACGAUCCCAGGACUCCGGCAAGAAGGGUCUUUGUUGAUUGCAUCGCUGCUGAUCUCGGUAGACUGCUGCAUACUGAGCUCUGCAGGGAGCUGUUCUCUGGUGGUGGCGACUUCGUUCUCGAUAUACUGGCAUUCAAUGCGACGGCGUUGUGA